AUGGCCUCACUUCCCGCACGUCGGCCCUCGCAACGAAGAGUCUCGCCUACCGAACGGCCACAGACUCCUUCCUCGCAAUCCCAGACAUCAUCGAUCCGAUCGCGGUCAGAAGACUCUCAAACCAUCGUCGUCAAUAGACCCGAGGAGGAGCAACAGCCGCAAGCAGAGGAGAGAGGGCAACAACAAGAAGCCGAGGACGACGCGAAUCUCAAGAAAUGCUGGGUAUGCUAUUGCGACUCGACAGAAGAUACUCCAGAGUCGUCACCAUGGCGAGACCCAUGCCCUUGCGCUUUAGUUGCACAUGAGAAGUGUUUGCUGGACUGGAUAGCCGAUAUGGAAGCUCCAAACAAGAGCAGAGGCGGGUCAAUAGCCGCACCCAAAAUUGAAUGCCCUCAAUGCAAAUCGGAAAUCAAGCUAGCACGCCCCAGAGACUACGUGGUCGAUGCUGUAAGGGGCCUGGACAGAAUUGGAGCGAAAUUGGUCUUUCACGGCGCUGGCGCUGCGCUCGGCGGUAUGGUGUACCAAGCCAGUAUGGCAUGGGGCAUGCAUUCCAUCUACACCGUAUUUGGAGCUGAAGAUGGCUGGCAAGUACUGCGCCCGCUUAUCUACAAUGCAGUAAGACCACCCACUGAGGUAUACAUCGGCACGCCAGAAGGCGUUGGUCGGCAAUUCCUUCAGGUGUUGAUUGACCAUGCCGCAUACUGGAGAUUGUAUAUCGGUGUGCCACUGAUAUCUCCCAUCUUGAUCAUCUCCCAGACAUCUUUGGCAGAUGGCGUACUACCGGUCCUUCCCGUUGUCUUCUUCGCUUCCCAGGUACACAGUCCAAACAAUGCGUUAGACUUCGCACAAUGGCCUCCCUCUGCAAGCUUCGCAUUUGCCCUCCUACCUUACGUGCGAGGACUUUACAAUCUAGGCUACAAGCAUCUUUUCGCGGAGAGAGAAAAGCGAUGGCUGGAAGAGCUUCAACCCCGAGCCAACCUAGAUGGUGGUGGUGAUGGUAACGCUGGGGAGGGUCCAAACGCAGAUCAACAAGAGGACGGGGAAUUCGAGGUCAGGAUCGACGGAGGCAUCUGGGAUGACUGGGAAGGUCCAGCGCCUGCUGCUCAAGGAGCCGCAAACGCCGCUCAGGAGCAAGCAGGAGAGGAUGAAGCCGCACCUGGCCCGAACGUCGAGGACAACCGGCCACUGCCGAACGGAGGCGGAAACGAAGCGCCCGUCCAACAGCCACAGCAACCGGCUCAACAACAAGCAGGCAAUCAACCCAUCCAACGCCGUCUCGCUUUCUCACCCACCGCGAUCGCAGAGAGCGUUCUGGGCGCCCUCCUGUUCCCCACUAUCGCCGGAAUCGCAGGCGAAGCACUCAAAUUUGUCCUGCCUCGGUCAUGGACCUCCCUUCCCGCUCCAACAUCCACGUGGCGCUGGAACAUCAAACCCGCUUCUAAUAGGACCUUUCUCAGUCAAAAAUGGGCCAGGAGUCUCGUCGGCGGCUGUCUUUUCGUUGUCUGCAAAGAUGCACUGAUGCUUUAUGUGAGAUGGAAGAUGGUGCAAAUGCAUCGGAAUCGGAGGAUUCUGGAUUAUGAUCGGAGAAGUGCGAGGACCGCCGCUUAG